CUCUUCAUCUUACAGUUAUCUCAAGUUCUCAGACAGAGAGAGAGAGAGUGUGUGUGUAGGCCUUUCGGUCCAAUCGCCCAUAUGGAUCAUUUUGUGGGGUUAGAUUCUCUUAAAUAAAGAGGAGAUGCUCUUUCAUUGAAAGUUGUAGUGCUUUGUUACUAUUUGAUUUGUAAUAUAUGGGACCAGAGUAGUUGGCAUAGUAUCACAUAGAAAUUAAAGGUUUUCAUUCACUGCUUCACUCCCCUGAUUGAUACAAACAAAAUGACAGACUCCUCACCAUCAAACAAGAAGCUCCAAGGCAAAGUGGCCAUAAUCACCGGAGGUGCAAGCGGCAUGGGCGAGGCCACGGCGCGCCACUUCGCCACUCACGGCGCAAGAGCCGUCGUUAUCGCCGACGUCCAAGACGAGAAGGGCCGAAACGUCGCCGCAUCUAUCGGUCCCAACAUUUGCACCUAUGUCCACUGCGAUGUCAGCGACGAGGAACAGGUUAAAACGUUAGUAGACGCCACGGUCAACACGUACGGAGGCCUCGACAUCAUGUUCAGCAACGCGGGCAUGGCUCGAGCGACACACGCGUGCGAUCAGAGCGUGUUGGACAUGGAGUUGUCGGCUUACGACAAGCUCAUGGCGGUGAACGCGCGUGGAAUGGUGGCGUGUGUGAAGCACGCCGCGAAGGCGAUGGUUGAAGGGCGCGUGAGGGGGAGUAUUGUUUGCACGACGAGCGUGGCGGCGAGUAUUGGUUGCCCCAAGUACGUCGACUACGUGAUGUCGAAGCAUGCGGUGCUGGGGUUGGUGAGGUCCGCGAGCUUGCAGCUGGGCGCGUAUGGGAUACGCGUGAAUUGUGUUACACCAGGUGCGGUUGGGACGCCACUGCUGAAGGACAUGUUUGGGUGUGAAAAUGAUGAGGAGGCAGAUAAGAUGGUAGAGUCACGUUCCAUCUUGAAAGGUGGGAUGCUGAGACCCAAUAAUGUGGCGGACGCUGUGGUUUUUCUUGCUUCUGGGGAUUCGGAGUUUGUCACUGGGCAUAAUCUGGUGGUGGAUGCUGGGUUUUCUGUCAAAGUUGGCUAAUGAUCCAUUAGAAGCACACUUGUGUGAGUUGUGUCACAAAGAUUUUAGAAUUUUCCAUCUUUUGUCUAUGUGUUGUGCUCGUAAUUAAGUGUUCUAGUGUUGAUUAUCGAAAAUAAUAGAGGUGUUUUGGUAAA